CUCCUGAGGGAGAUUUAAUUUUGUGAGCUCCAUAUUUAUCAGGACUCGGAAGUCUCCUCCUUCUCACAGAACUCCUGCAACCAUCUGACAAGAAUGUCGUACCAAUACCCGUCAGGCUUCCCAGGAUAUCCAGGCUAUCCUGGAGGAGACCCAUCAUAUCCACCAGCAGCGCAACAGGCAUUUCCUGGGGGACAAUUCCCCCCUGCUGCAGGAGGAGGCGCAUUCCCACCAGCAUCUGGUGGGGGUUAUCCACCUGCACCUGGCGGAGGCUACCCUUCAGCAGGAGGAUACCCAGCUCCUGGUGGCUAUCCUGGAGGCAUGCCAUCUUACCCUGGAGCUCCAGGCUUUGGAGCACCUGCUGGUGGCCCAGGUUAUGGUGCCCCUCCUGGUGCAGCUGGUUAUGGAGCCCCUACCGGAGUCCCUGGGUAUGGCGGGCCCGGUUUUAAUGCUCCAGCUGGUGGUUACGGGGCUCCUAAUGCAGGGGGUUUCGGGGCACCCCAAGCUGGUGGAUAUGGAGCACCUGGAGGUGCGCCAGGUUAUGGUGGAUUUUCACAACCUUCAUCUCAGAACUAUGGAGCAGGAGCGCCAGGUCAAAUGCCAGGUCAAAUGCCAGGUCAAAUGCCAGGACAAAUGCCAGGUCAAAUGCCAGGACAAAUGCCAGGGCAGGCACCAUGUGGAUAUCCAAGUGGCCCGGCACCUGCACAACCUACGCCUUAUGCAGCAGCGAUGACAGCUACACAGGGCACAAUUAAAGCAGCACCUAACUUUGACGCCCUAUCUGAUGCUGAAAAGCUAAGAAAAGCAAUGAAAGGAUUCGGAACUGAUGAGAAAGCCAUCAUUGACGUUGUUGCUAACCGUUCCAAUGACCAGAGACAGAAGAUUAAGGCAGCAUUUAAGACUGCUUAUGGCAAAGAUUUAAUAAAAGAUCUGAAGUCAGAAUUAAGUGGUAAUGUGGAAGAACUCAUUAUUGCACUGUUCAUGCCUUCCACAUAUUACGAUGCCUGGAGUUUAUAUCAUGCCAUGAAGGGAGCAGGAACACAAGAGCGAGUACUCAUUGAGAUUCUAUGUACAAGGACAAACAGUGAAAUCAAGAGCAUUGUUGCCUGUUACAAACAAGAGUUUAACAGAAACAUUGAGAAGGACAUUCGAUCAGAUACUUCCGGGCAUUUUGAGAGACUGCUGAUAUCUAUGUGCCAGGGGAAUCGUGAUGAAAGCCAAAAUGUUAACAUGCAGCAGGCUGAGCAGGAUGCCCAACGCCUUUACCAAGCAGGGGAAGGGAAGCUUGGAACAGACGAGUCCUCCUUCAAUCUAGUUUUAGCAAGUCGAAGUUUCCCCCAGCUGAAAGCUGUGGCUGAAGCGUAUGCAAGGAUUUCUAAACGUGACUUGCUUAGUGUCAUUGGCAGAGAAUUUUCUGGAUAUAUAGAGGAUGGCCUGAAAGCAAUUUUGCAGUGUGCUGUCAACCGUCCUGCCUUCUUUGCUGAAAGACUUUACCGCUCUAUGAAGGGAGCCGGCACGGAUGAUUCCACUCUUAUAAGGAUUAUUGCCACCAGAAGCGAGAUUGAUCUUGUGCAGAUCAAACAGGCUUAUGUACAGAUGUACCAGAAAUCUCUUUCUGCAACAAUCGCUGGCGAUACAUCUGGGGACUACAGACGUCUGCUGCUGGCAAUUACUGGCCAGUAGGAUCUAUCCUGUGAAUGAAAUAUAUCAGAUAUGUCCGAUAAACAUUAUAUAUAUAUAUAUAUAUAUAUGUAUAGUAGCAAAGUAUAAACGGCACUCUUGUAGGAACUGACCAUGAAAGUGUCAUACCAUAAAUACAAUGUUUGUCUUUUACAGACUUUGUGCAAAUUUUUAAACACAUGCCUUAUAUAUAAACGACAUAGCUGGUUUUUCACUAAAAAAAAUAUCAGCAUCAUUUACCCAGUGCCUUAGUUACAGCACACAAAUUUAAAUAGUAAAAAAAAAAAA